GCAGAGGUCACCCAUCCAGGGAGGGAUCAACAUGGCCGACGCACCCCGGACUGUACUGAUCUCAGGCUGCUCGUCGGGAAUUGGCCUGGAGCUCGCAGUACAGCUGGCUCAUGACCACAGGCAGCGCUACCAAGUGGUGGCCACCAUGAGGGACCUGGGAAAGAAGGGGGCACUGGAAGCAGCUGCUGGAGAGGCUCUGGGGCAGACCCUCACCGUGGCCCAGCUGGACGUGUGCAGUGACGAGUCAGUGGCCCAGUGUCUCAGCUGCAUCCAGGGAGGGGAAGUGGACGUGCUGGUGAAUAAUGCUGGAGUGGGCCUGGUGGGGCCCUUGGAGGGCCUCAGCCUAGCUGCCAUGCAGAACGUCUUCGACACCAACUUUUUCGGGGCUGUGCGUCUCGUCAGAGCUGUGCUUCCUGGCAUGAAGAAAAGGAGAAAGGGCCACAUUGUGGUGGUCAGCAGUGUGAUGGGGCUGCAGGGUGUCGUGUUCAAUGAAGUCUAUGCAGCCUCCAAGUUCGCCCUGGAGGGAUUCUUUGAGAGCCUGGCUGUCCAGCUGCUGCAGUUCAACAUCUUCAUCACCCUGGUGGAACCUGGUCCAGUGGUCACUGACUUUGAGGGGAAGCUCCUGGAGCAGGUUUCCACAGCCGAGUUCCCAGACACUGACCCUGACACCUUGCACUACUUCCGAGAUUUCUACCUCCCAGCCUCCAGGGAGCUCUUUCGCUCUGUAGGGCAGAGCCCACAGGAUGUGGCCCAGGUCAUCGUCAAGGUCAUCAGUUCACCCAGACCCCCCCUGCGCCGACAGACCAACGCCCGCUACACCCCGCUGGCUGCACUCAAGGCUGUGGACCCCUCCGGCAGCCUUUACGUGCGCACCUCCCACCGCCUGCUCUUCCGCUGGACGCGCUUCCUCAACCUUGGCCUCCGAUGUCUGGCCUGUGGCUGCCUCCGCAUCCGAAUAUGGCCCCGGUGAGCAGAGCUUCACCCGCCCCCCCACCACCACCAUGGUCAGGGCUGGGGCAGAAAGAGGGAGCCUUGGACCCUGGGCUGAGGAGCCCAGAGUAGGGAGGCUGGAGCUGUGUCUGGGAAGGUAAGGUAGGCUUCCUGGAGGAGGGGACAUUGUUGCUGGACCUUGAAAGAUGAAAUAGACUGCCUCAUUCAACCUCUGGACUUUAUUAUCUUGGGCCUGGAAAUACAAGGAUGAUCUAAAACGCCUUCUACAUAGAACCGAGUUGACUAAGGGGUCUUCAAGACUUUUCCGGUCACACAGCCCAUCAGCAAAAUGUUUCAUGCACUCACCAGCGGCACAUGUAUAUUUUUUUCAUCAGAUAUAUAUUUGUUACCACUAGCAAUCCCUAUAUUAAAUAUUUAAUAAAGCUCAACUCCCUAUGUCUAAAUAAAAAAUUUAAAAAGCAAUAAGGUUCACUUCACACACAUUAGAACGACUGCUACAAAUAAACCGCGCAAACAAACAAAACUCGAGAAGAUAACAAGUGUUGGUGACAAUGUGAGGAAAUUGGAACCUUUGUGCACUGUCGGUGAGAAUGUAAAAUGGUACUGUCACUAUGGAAAAUAGCACGAUAGUUCCUCAAAAAACGAGACAGAAUUAUCACGUGACUCAGCAGUUCCACUUCUGGGUGUGACCCCAAAGAAUUGAAAGCAGGGUCUCAAGGAGAUAUUGGCACACCCACAUUCAUGGCAGCAUGAUUCACAACGGCCAAAUGUGGAAGCAACCCCAUCAACGGGUCCAUCAACAGAAGACUGGAUAAACACAAUGAGGUACAUCCAUUCCAUACGAUGGAAUAUUAUUCAGCCUUAAAAAGGAAGUCAGUUCCAACACCUGCUACAACACGAAUAAACCUCGAGAGCAUUAUACUCCGUGAAAUAAGCUAGACACGAAAGGACAGAUACUGUAGGAUUCCACUUGGAUGAGGUCCCUAGAGGAGUCCCAUUCACAGAGAUAGGAAGUAGAUGGUGGGCUCCAGGAGGGGGUGGGGAGUCAGUGUUUUGGGGGGACAGAGUCUCCGUUUGCAAGACAUAAUGAGUUCUGGAGAUGGGUGGUAGGGAGGGCUGCACAACCACGAGAAUGUACUUAACGCCACAGAACUGAACACUUAAAAACGGUGAGGAUGGUAAAUUUCGUGUUAUGUACAUUUUAUCACAAUUAAAUUUUUUAUUUUUCAUUA